GUUUUACUCCCAAAGGAGCCUCAUUCUCGGGGUCAGUCCACUUCCCAAGAAAAUAUCCAGGAAUUGCUCACUGGCAGGAAACUUUAAUUUAAGAACAGGACCAUGGUUACACCUGCAAAAUAUGGAGACACAUCGUGGCAGCUAUCUGUGCAGGUGGAUCAAAAGGAAGGUGACGAGUCCAUGAAAUUUAAGAUGAGGGUGAUGGGAGACUUGCACAUCGGUGGCCUCAUGCUUAAGCUGGUGGAGAAAAUCAAGGCUCCUCAGGAUUGGUCGGACCAUGCUUUGUGGUGGGAACAGAGGAAAUGCUGGCUGCUCAAGACCCACUGGACCUUGGACAAGUAUGGGAUCCAGGCUGAUGCUGAGCUGCGCUACACACCCCAGCAUAAACCCCUGCUACUGCAGCUUCCCAAUAUGAAAACCAUCCAAAUGACCGUCAGCUUCUCCAAUGUGGUCUUCAAGACGGUGACAGACAUCUGCAGAAUACUCAACAUUAGAAGACCAGAAGAACUGUCACUGCUGAAGCCUCCAGAUGAUGCCUCCAAAAAGAAGAAGAAGAAAGAUAAGGACUCAGAGCAGGAGGAGAUUUGGGACAUAGAUUUACUCAGUGGGGGACCAAGUGGAACAGGCCCCAUGUAUAGUAAGACCAUGAAAGCAACCUAUGACCCAGAGAAUGGGAUGCCAAUGUCUGCCACCAGCGUUUGGUUUGGAGAAAAUCCUCUUGCAGAAUCUCAGACAAACUUGCCACCUGCCGAGCUGGCCAAGAUGUAUCAGCCGUUGUCACUGGUGGACAAAGCAGUCAACAAUGCAGGGUGGUUGGACUCAUCCCGUUCGCUUAUGGAGCAAGACAUUCAAGACUAUGACAAGCUACUACUGCGCUUCAAGUACAAUGUCUUCUUUGACAUCAAUCCUAAGUAUGAUGGCGUCAGGAUAACCCAGCUAUAUGAGCAGGCCCGCUGGUCUAUCCUGUUGGAAGAGAUAGACUGCACUGAAGAGGAAAUGCUGAUGUUUGCAUCUUUACAGCUAUUAUUUUGCAACGACUGGGACAGUGAUUCAGAGAUCAGAGAUUCAAAGGGAAUGCUGCACUCACCUACACAUUGGCCAAAAAGACUGACGCUGCGCCAAUACAAAGAGUACUGGUUUGUAUUUAAGGACACCACCAUCUCUUACUACAAGAACAAGGAGGCCUCCAGUGGAGAACCAAUAGAGCAGUUUCACCUCCGAGGCUGUGAGGUGGUCCCUGAUGUCAAUGUCACUGAAAAGAAGUUCGGCAUCAAGCUUCUGCUGCCCGUGGCUGAUGGAAUGAAUGAGGUGUACAUCCGAUGUGACAAUGAAACCCAGUACGCUAAAUGGAAAGCUGCAUGUGUCCUCGCUUCCAAAGGCAAGACAAUGGCGUACAGCUCUUACAAAACAGAAGUGAAGCACAUUCAAUCUUUUCUGCAAAUGAAGAACCUGGCGCCCCCUCCUGGUCAAGCAGCUCCUGACGUCGAAGCGAUGGAUAUGAACGCCGAGUGUUUUGUUUCGCCACGAUACGCAAAGAAACACAAGACCAAACAGCUGACCGCACGUAUCCUCGAGGCACACCAAAACAUAGCACAGCUGUCCCUGGUGGAGGCCAAGAUGCGCUUCAUCCAAGCAUGGCAAUCACUCCCAGAGUUUGGUAUCAAAUACUACAUUGUCAGAUUCAAAGGGAGUAAGAAGGAUGAAAUUCUUGGGAUUUCAUAUAACCGCAUGAUUCGUAUUGACAUGUCUACUGGGCUGCCUGUCACCACAUGGAGAUUCUCCAACAUGAAGCAGUGGAAUGUCAACUGGGAGAUAAGACAGGUGGCCAUAGAUUUUGAUCAACAGGUGUCAAUAGCCUUCUCCUGUGUGAGCUGUGACUGCAAGGUAGUCCACGAGUUCAUCGGUGGUUACAUCUUCCUCUCCACGCGAUCUAAAGACCAGAAUGAAACACUAGAUGAAGAACUGUUCCAUAAACUUACCGGAGGCCAAGAAUGAGCAAAGAUGUAUUAGUCUAUGCUUUUUUUUUAAAGAGCAUUGAUCGCUUAUUUACAUUUAUGUUACAGUGUGAAAAUAGAGCAUCCGCUAGCUGCAGUGGUCCAUAAACACUGACCACAUCAGUGACAGAAGAAAUGUGAUACCAAAUCACAGUGAGAUAAAGUGAUAUAUUUUUACCCAGAGAAGAAUGCUAUGAUCAUUUUUCAUCGUAUAUCUUGUUUUAAUCAGUUACGCCAAUGUUCCCCGCACUAGGAAAAUAACGCUGUUGAUGUAAAUAUGUCAAGACUAUGUCAAAAGUCUGGAUGAACUGAUGUUUUCAAGAAGUACACUUUUUUUUCCAGCUGCACAAAUGUAUUCAUUUCAAAAAGUAAAAAGUAAUUA